UGUCAAUAUCACGAACGCAGCUUUAAGAGAAGGACAAUUGAUCAUUGAGAUGUUCUUGAGACAAAGUUCCCGCUCGUUGAGGCAAGCCUCCAGAUGCUUUAGCCGUCCGCCCAUCGCAGGGCCAGCAACAGCGGUGUAUCCUUCGAGGCGGUUCCACGAUACUCGGCCUCUUCUUGUCGUAAAGCCAGUCGUGCUAGCGGAUAUCGGCGAAGGUAUCGUCGAGUGCGAAGUGAUACAAUGGUUCGUCGAGCCCGGGGCGCGGGUGGAGGAAUUCUCCCCGUUGUGCGAGGUGCAGAGCGACAAGGCUUCCGUCGAGAUUACGAGCCGUUUCUCUGGCGUCGUCAAGAAAUUGUACUACGAGACGGGCGAGAUGGCCAAGGUCGGCAAGGCGUUCAUUGAUAUUGACAUUGAUGGUGACGCAAAAAAGGAAGACCUAGGCGCUCUUUCUGGUGCGCCGCCCUCGGGCUCGGAAGAAUCUCCCCAAUCUUCGGCGUUGGACGCCGAAAUGACAAGAGCGGAGGGAAUGGCGGAAGCGCCGUCGCAAAUAACAAACAUGCCCCAACAGUCUCCCGGGGCGGUAGAGGCUUCGAAACCCAAGGGCAAGUGUGCGAUGCUGGCAACACCGGCCGUGCGGCAUCUGAUCAAAGAGCUCAGUGUUGAUAUUGCCGACAUCGACGGCACGGGCAAGGACGGGAGGGUUCUAAAGGAGGAUAUCUACAGAUAUGUCAAACAGAGGGAUUUCGGCGCAGCCAAUAUGGAUGCGUCGUCACCGGCACCCCCGCCGGCCCCGCAAGCAGCCCCCGUGUCCCGGCAGGCCCCAGCAUCAACACCCGGUGCGCAGACGGAGACCCGGGUGCCGCUGACCAACACGCAGCUGCAAAUGUUCAAGAGCAUGACUCGCUCUCUCACUAUCCCUCACUUCCUCUAUGCGGACGAGGUCGACUUUUCCAGCUUGGUCGAGCUCCGCACCCGCCUCAAUCGCGUCCUGUCUCAGUCCAACCAGCAGCCGCAGACGCCGGAUGCGCCGCAGGUGGAGAAACUGUCGUACCUACCAUUCAUCAUCAAAGCCGUCUCCAUGGCGCUCUAUCAGUAUCCCAUCCUGAACGCCCGGGUUGACGCCGACCCCGCCAACAGCGACGUGCGGGGCAAGCCUUCCCUCGUGAUGAGGAGCCAGCAUAACAUCGGCGUGGCGAUGGACACUCCAUCGGGCCUCCUAGUGCCCGUCAUCAAGGAUGUCGGGUCGCGCAACAUCCUAUCCAUCGCCGCGGAACUCGCGCGUCUCCAGAAGCUCGCGCACGCGGGGCGCCUGAGCGCAGCGGACAUGCAGGGCGGGACCGUAACGGUGUCCAAUAUUGGCAACAUCGGCGGCACUUACGUUUCGCCGGUUAUCGUGGAGCGAGAGGUGUCCAUUUUGGGCAUUGGACGGAUGCGCACCGUACCGGCGUUCGACGAGUCGGGGGCCGUGGUAAAGAAACACGUCACCAACUUUAGCUGGAGCGCGGACCACCGGGUCGUGGACGGAGCGACCAUGGCGAGAGCUGCCGAAGUGGUGAGGAGGGUGGUGGAGGAGCCUGACGUCAUGGUGAUGCAUCUUCGGUGAUAUAUAUAAAUACACAUGGCUUAUGUGGUUUGGCUAAUACAUGUUUACCGAAGGUAGAGACCCCCGCUCCCGCUCCCGAGAAAUGAUAACU